CAGAUAUAAUGUCAAUAACAAUCUCCCUUUUUCUUCUGGUUUUCGCGGCCGGCGGCAUUUGUGCGGUUCUCUAGGCCAUCGGCUAUUAUUGGGAAAUGCAGAGGAAGGAGAGUCGGCGCGGGUGAAAGACGGAGACCUCUGCGGCCAUCUGAGUAUCUCUACACCACUUAGUCAAGAAGGAGGUUGCCAUGUGGCCAGCCAUGCCCAAUUGCCCAUCUUAUAUGAUGUGGCUGUGCCCCCAAAGCCUGUCAGCCGUCAAGGACGGCAGGGAAGGGUUGGCCCCACAAUGGUGUGGCAAGUGUUACCCCCCAUAGCUGUGUGCCUGAAGGGACACCUGAGGUGGUGGAACCUAGGGUGGUUGCCUGGCUUGGGGCUCACUUGGGUUACCUGAUACAUGGCCUACUAUCUUCCCAGCUCAUCCCAAACACGGCCCUCUUCUCACCAACUUCUCUCAGGGAACACAGCAUCUCAGGGCUACAUGGGGAGAGAGAUCCAGCCACCUGCAUCCUACACCACAACCUUCCCCUUACUGCCAAUGGCUUCACAUCUUGGUUCACCAGGAGACGGCUGCUCCCAAGUAUGGUGCAUUUCCUCAGCACCUAGGCUUGGCAGAUCCUCUUGGCCCCCAGGCUUGGCAGUGCAGCGUGGCAGAUCACAUUGUUCUCCAGGGUUAGCAGAUCAUCUUGGACUCCAAGCUUGUCAUUUCACCUUGGUCUCUAGGCUUAGCAGAUUGCAUAGGCCUCCAGGCUUGACAGAUCACCUUGUUCUCCAGUCCUGGGCCAUCAGUAUGGUCUCCCAACUGUCUCUGCCUUCAGACUUGGCAGGCUGCCUGGCCUGUAAGUUGGGUAGACCAUAUUAGCCUACAGGUGUGACCAUCUGCUUCAUCUUCAUGCUGUGAUGACUGAAGGUAAUCAGAAUCUUCAAGUAUCGGGAGCUACAACUGCCAUUAAGGAAGAGUGAACUUAACUAGUCUCAGCUGAUCAUCUUUUGAUCAAAAUUCCAAAGUGAAGACUAUUAAAGUUGUCUUUUUAUCAAGAUUUCAAAUGAUUAUAUAGUCAAGAUAGACAAAAGAAAACAAAACAUUGCACAGUGAAAUAUUAGAGGGCAUUGGAACUGUUAAGUCCCACUGCCCCUUUCCAGUGCAGAUAAAGACAACUCCACCUGAGCGUUGCUGACCAAGUUUAAUGCAGCAUCACAAGUCCCGCACUCAGGUGUCCACAUUAUCCUACAUGCUUCUCGGAUGCCAAACUGAAGUUUGGUACUGUACUUAGAUGAAAUGUUUAUGAAGACCAUGGUAUUAGUGAAUGAAUUAAAACAACUUUCUACUGAAUUCUGAUGCUUUUCAUACCAUUUGUGGCUCUAAGAAAACCUUGCCUGUGUUAUGGUAUGGGAAGUAGCUAAGCAUUAUCACAUCUACUGCCACUUCACAUGUUUUUCUGUCGUGGCAGGGAAGAAAUGCUCUGGAAUUCUAAUUAAAGGUAUUUUAGAUUGAACAUGAUCUAGAAUUACCUUUUUGGAAAGUUGAAACCUAGCAUGAUGCAGUAACAGUAACUGUAUAGUGCUUCAUUGUUCCAUGGUUAUAAUCAGGAGGGCGGAGAAAGUUGGAAGACAUGUAGGAUAUACCUGAAUUGGCGUGCAAUCAAGAAACAUGUUGCUGCUGAUCAUCUCGGAUGCAAUACGAUUUUAGGCAGUACUGAGCGGUGGCUCUCGUCAACAACUGCAAGAGGUACCACGUCUGAGCUUCAGGUGUGCUACAAAAGGAUAAGUGCCUCAGGUGUCUGGGUCUGUGAGCCGGGGGUAUCCGGGCUCUUCUUCGGCAGCACAUCACCCAGCCCAGCCUGACCCCCUGAGGCAGUGUUGCAUUGAGAGAGAUCCCAGAUUUCUGAAGCUUGAAUCCAAGACUGAACGUCACCCUCCAACCAGACUGCAUUCCCAACUGGCCCAGUUCUGAUGCAACACCUGUUCCUUUCAGAGUGGCAUGAGCUCUGCUCCCUCACUAAUGUGUGUCAAGACCUGAGCUCUGCCACACACACUUUCAGGAUGUAAAGGAAUCAGUCUCCAACUUGGGCAGGAGAUUGCUUCUUCGUGGUCAGCAUAAAUAUUCUAAAGAUUCUACUAAAUUGAGCCACUUAGGUAAGCCUCCACUCCAGGAUGUCUGAAAGAUACAGCCGCCCCUGUACUCCUCCUGGUGCUCCCCCAGGACCCCGUAAGACUUCGGUCCGUGGCCGAAGCCCAAGAGUUACGAUGAUACUUACGAUAAAUAUGAUAAAGAGUACAAGACUUCUUAUCAGCCCAAGACUUAUUCAGAUGACAAAUACAAAGGAAAUGAUGUGAGAAAGAUAAAUGAUAAGGUGCCAAAUAAGCUAAUUAGCAAAAAUGACAUUUAUGGUGAUCUUUAUAAAUCUAGAGAUGUAAGUUACUCCAGUGAAAGAUAUGGAGAGAAAUCUCUGUACACCCAGAGAUACACAGAAAAGGGACGUUACCCAGAAAAGUGUCGAAUAGAAACCAGUAGUCAGCAAUAUAGUAGCAAAUAUAGAAGUAGCAAAUUCACAAACGAUUAUGAUAGCUAUCCAGAGAAAACCAGUAGGUAUCCCAAGCACGAGAGUGAUGCGUACUAUGGUGGGUCGGGAAGUUCAUAUGACAAUUACAACUCGUAUGACAGCUAUGGGGGUGAUAGGCACAGAGCUGGUGGUUAUGGAGCAGAGAAGUCAUUGGGUGCUGGAAGUUACAGUGGGGACAAGUAUGGAGGAAGAGGAAGCAUUACGAGCUAUGGGACGGACAAACUGGGCAUUGGGUAUGGAGGAGACAAACACAGCAGAGGUGACAGUAGUUAUGGGGGGGACAAGCACAGAGCUGGUGGAAGUUACACAAGUGAUAAGGUUGCUGGUGGAAGCAGUCUAUCCUACGAUCAUAAACUUGGUGGAGGAACAAGAAGCAGACUCUAUCCAGAAGAAGAUCGGCAGCUGUAUCGAGACUACAGCCCUAUUAGGACCUUAAGGUCACCUCUUAGUGGUGGUGUUACAGGAAGCUAUGAUGGCUAUGACAGGUACUCCCCACCACCAAGGUCUCCAGAUCGGCAGUAUCUUGAUAGGUAUGUUAUUGGGGAUAGUGUGGUGUAUGGUCCCCCAGGUCAGUACCCUCGAAACCUAGGUCAGGUGUCCCCCCAUGGUCGACCACCCACACCCCCAUCCCCGCAGCCUGUUUCAUCGAGAGAGUACUCGAGAUACUCAACAACUAGCCCUCGAAGUGGAAGACGGAGCCCACCGUUGCCGUCAACGGGCCAGAGCCGCUACCGAUCCUUGUCGCCUCUUCCCAGCACAACCCCUCCUCGACGGCCGCCCUCACCGCCUGCAAGGAGACCACCUUCACCUCAUAGUCCUUAUAUUUCCACACAUUGUAGGAGCAGAGAGAGAAGCUAUGACCGCUCAAAAGACAGAUAUGAGAGUAAAGGAAGAAUUUCAAGUACAGCGAGAAGUCCCGUUAGAGAGAGUAGAGCAUUAACUGAUAGACCCACGACUCGGAUUCCGUGAAGCGAGGGAGAGCUGUGGAAAGGAACUCGGACUGUAGAAGUAGCAGUGACGUUAGGAGUUGGACAAAGGAUAACAAUCACUCAGGAAGUAGUCAAAAUCAGGAAAAAGACAGAGCUCGCAGUGAUAGACGGUCACGCACUCCUCCAAGUCGUAGCGCUCGCCAGGAUCUGUCAAAGGACAGAAGACGAGAGAGCAGCAGAGAACGUGACAGAAGUAGACGAAUAGAAGAUAGGCUUGGGCCGUCCCCUGCUAGCACAAGGAGGAGCCCAGUUUUGAGGGCGAGAGUUUCACGAAGAGCAACUUCUCCAAGAGAUAAAAAGAGGAGCAGACGACCUGAUGAUCUCAGGCUCUGGAUUGAAUCUCGAAAGUCAGAGGGAAGUAAACGGCCCCUGUCCCCAAGUAGGUCACGCCUCCUGGCCAAACGACCAGCCAGAUCAAGUGAGAGGUCGUCAGUGGUGAAGAGGUCAAGGCUAGGUGAUCCCAAGAAACGAUUGGGGGGAGGAAAGGCCAGAAGACGACCCUUGCCCAUAAAGAAAAAUAGGAUUCUAAAGAAAUAUAGAAGAUUGACAGCAAAAAGAGGCCCACGCAGUGCACCCGGAGGGAGCAAAACAACCAACAGAUCCAACAAGGACAGUAGUAGUAAUCGGGCCGAUGGUGAGAACAAUGAUGAUGGUGACGAGGGAGAAACCGGCAAUAGCAAGCCUGGAAGCACAGCCACAAUACGCAGAGUCAUCAAGAAACCCAAGAAUGUAAGCCAUGUUAAUCGCCUAGCGUUGAAGCCACGUGUUAUUAGAAAGCCAGCUCAGAAACUGCUCAGAGACCCAAAAGAAGCUGAUAAGGAGAAGGAUCCUUCAGCCUCGCAGUCGAACAAAGACGGGGGUUCACCACCUAAAGAAGAGAAGCCUACGAGCUCUGCCUCAGAAUCUAACAGGAGACCUUCAAGAACAUUUUGAGUUACUUGAAGAGAAUUUACUGGAGAAUAUUAGUGCAAAAAUACUGUAAAGUACUUCGGUAACUCCAGAACAAUAUAUGGAUUGUUUCAUGUGUUUGAAAAUUUGUGGCAAUGCAAGUAAUAGCUUGUAGUUAGAAAAGUGUUUUAUAGAUGAAAAUAUCUAAAGGAGCCAAUUGUAUAUUUUUUUGUUCAUUUUUCAUGUUAUUUUAUAACAGGCAUUUAGAGUAAUGUUAUUUUUUGUGGACUGGAUUAUUAAAAUGAAUUGUUGUUGUUUCCUUAUAGCUGCUUUUGAAGUAUUUUUUAUGAAUAAAUUCUAUUUGACAAUAUUUUCUUUUGAUAGUCCAUUAUAUAAUGUGUUAUAUGCAGUUUCUUACAACUGAUAGAAUUGGAAUAUGUCAAAACUGUAAGGAAAACUACAAGCUCUGCUAAUGUUUUCUCAGUGUGACAGUUCAGUACUGUGAACUGAUGUAAAGAUUGCUCCUUGUUAAGAGCAGUCAUUCUGUUGAUGUAGAUAGUAGCAAGUAAGUCUGGAGAUGUUUAUAUUCUCAGAGUUAUUAGAGUGUGCCUUUUGUCACUUUCUGACAAAACAUGUUACUAGAUUUUAAAAUUUAUUUUGCAAUAAUUUCUUUUGACAUUGUCUUCUGUUGAUGUGCGUAAUUGCUAUGCAUAGUGAUUUUCUGUACAUGCCUGCCUUCUGGGACAUGUAACGCAAUAUUAAAAAAUGUGAGCAUAGAUAUUUAUUUGAUGAUUUCAGAGUGCAGUUACCUAAUUUCACCCCCUCUCUCUUCAGAGGUUAUGUUUACUGAUUUUACUCAGACUAAGGAUGUGCUUCUGUAACAAUAAACAGUGAUAAACCAAUCUCUAA